CUUGAAGAUGCUCUUUCCCAUUGAAUUCCUCAGCAAGACGAACGGGUAUAGGGAAAGUGGUCAAUUCCCGAUGGUCGCCGCUGGUCACCAGCUCUCGUUACCUCUUGUCCCGUUCGAUGCUCCUGUCGAGAGUCUCGCAGGCUUAUCAACGUGCUCUAGUGAUCGACGGCAGGUCGUGUCGACACCACAACAACCUGCCGGUGGGAAGCAGAAAGUCAUUACUUACCAGAGGCGUUCGGGCGGUAGUCCAUCGGGAAACCUUCCGAAGACGAAGAGGCUCGCCAGACCUCCUUCGGAUCUUCCUGGAAGCUCGUGUUCUGGUGCCAUCUCGCGCUCCCGGGACACCGCUCAACGUGGAAUGGGCGAGGAGUUGGACGAAGAAACGGGAGAGGACGAACGGGUUCACCAAUUGCAAUCGCGGUUGUUAGCGACACCUCAGCACAUCCAGGGCGAAGGCUCUUACGAUGUGAAUGUGGGGCGGGAAGGUGGUGGAGGUGCCGAAGCCCAGAAAUCGGACGACUCCAGUGACGAUGCUGAAGGCGUGGCCCCUCGCUUGCUCUCCCUCCCUGACGACGACGAGCAGGAGACGAAGAAACCCAGUGCGGUCAACAUGACGCAGUGCUUCCUCCUCGAGUACGACGACGACGACAAAAAGAGAAGAGACCCGCCUAGGGUGGUGAUUGACGUCGUGCAGAUUCUUCCAAUUCCGGUGGGAGAUAUAACCUUCAACCAGCGAUCGCUGAACUUGGCCAUCUUUGCAGGGAUCGAUGCGGCAAUCGAGGCAUCAAAUCGUCCAAGGUCCGCGGAUGAUCCGGCCCCGUGGGAUCCACCGGAGUUGUUGCUGGCUCCGAUUAUGCCAUCGCUUGAGCAUCCGGACAACCAAGGGACACAAGUCCUUCCGCAGGACUUCGAUUCCGAUAGGGCAGACGAGUAUUUCUAUUACCCGGUUGCCGGUCAACAUACUUCCGAAGCUAUGAAAAGAGCAGUGGAGAGGAAAUUUGAAGCCGUUGAGGUGUUCGGCUUUCGGAAUUAUGAUCGUGUACGGAUCAUUUAUUUCGACGACGACCACACGAACAAAAUGAGGGGAUACGUGAAUGUCGCCACAUGCAAGGACGGGAUAUGGCCAUUGGUAAAGGAGUUUUUUCAGAAGUUUGAGGCGGGGGAGUUGCCGCUACAUGACAACAAAUGCCCGAAGGACUUGCCUGGGAAGCAGGAAGAGCGGUUGUCGGGCCAAUUCACUGAAGAGGUGCAGGGGAAGAAGGAGGUGUUCCAUUGCAUAGCGGCUAGGGACGGGGGACCGAACGCUAUGGUGUCCUUCAAAGAUCUCGUUCCGUCAAACUUCAAAUGUUUUGGAGAUAUGACGGCACGAGAGAAAAAAAUUGCAUUGCGGUUGAUGAUAGAUAAGAAAGUCAUCGCCACUACUAGACUGGUUCCUCCUGGGAAGUUGAACAUGACCAACCUCCUCGACAUCAUAAUGCGCGAGAGGUACAUGAUGCGUAUGUUCAACUACAUCGUUUUCAAAUCGGAGAACAGAGAGGCGAAAGAAUGGAAGGACGGGAACUUUUUCGACUAUGAAAACGUGGAGGAGAGGUUUGGCGUUAAGGCAGGCGAAUGGGAUGAGGAAAGGGAUAGGAUCCCUUUGGAAUACGUCCGGAGGGUUCUGAAAAGACUCGGCGGAGAGCAAGAGGAAAAAAACCUGAAAGGAGCUGGUCCAAAGGCCACGGAGGCGUUGUACAGGGACGCGCGAUUCCACUUCAAGUACUUCGUGUACCACGCCAUAGGGAAAGUGGACUUGCGGACAACUGAGUUGCGACGGUUGAAGAACGCUGCGCUUCAUCUGUGCUGGGAGAAGAAAGGGCGACGGUCGACAUUGCUGCCGGUCAACAUGCACCCAAAGGAGUUGCUGCUCGCGGCCGACAAAAUUGUGACUGCAGCCACGAACUUGAAUUGCAAGGCCGCCAUCCUCGAUCUCGCAAACCCGAAGGACUGCCUUGCAUGGUCGCCGACCGAUUUCGAUGCUCUGCACAAAAUGAUGUCGAAAUUGUGCGGCAAGGUGAUACCUGGUACUUGGAAACGUUAUCUCGUUGGGACGGCUGGCAGCAAGUACGGAAACUUGCAAGCGGACUACAAGGACACGAUGGUGGUCGUCCUGCAUGCCGAGGGCGGCGACCUCAGGAAGGUCACGAGGAUCCCUAAGUUGGAGGCGGAGCUAGUGGAGCUUCAUGUUGAGGAGGAAAAGUUCAAGAGGUGCACAACAAAGCACGGCGGCGAUGAAGGAAACGAACGAGAGGAAUAUGGGCGGUGGGAACGACAUCCGACACGGAUGCACAAACUAUGUAGUUCAUUUUUGCACGAGGAUCAGGGGGUGUUACUUAUCGGAAAGCCACAUGCUGGACUUGUGUGGGAGCUUCUGCGUGCGGGCUAUCAUGCUUUUGCAUGCGACGGGUCAUCCAAAGACAUCUCGUACUUGACGACGGUCAUCGACAUUCUUGGGAAGGACGCAAGAAACGAUUGCACGGUUGAGAGCGUGCCGAUCGAGAAUCGAGAAGAAGGUCGCACGAAAUCGGGAGGUGCGAGCAGUCCAACGCGUGAUGUGACCGACAGGGCGAGUUCCAUUGAACAGAUGCAAACGGAUUCACCUACACCCCUCCAAGCACUUGAGAAUGCAUUGAUUCAUGGCAAUCGUCACGGACUCCAUGGGAGGCAUCGCACUCUUCGAGGAAACACGGAACACAACAUGAUGGCAGACGACGAUGAGGAUGACUUGGCGGUUCCAUAUGCCCUUCCAAGGCUGAUGCUUGGUGAUGAUAUUCCCGAUCACAUUGUGCAGGCCAGUGAACAGCCGUACUUCAUUGAAGACAAGGUGCCAAAAACGACAUCUGAGAAGUGGGGACACCACAUUUUAUGGCACACAGACGUAUUCGAGCCAUGCAUUUUCAAGGGGGAGUGGAUGAUGGUACUGCAUCUAACAUCAGGAUGGAAAGUCAAAGCCAGACUUGCAGAAGUACCGUGGAUGAAAGUGACGAAGAGCGAAAUCGUAUUCCGUGUCAAGUGUGAAAACGAUGGAGCGGACGAGGCGGCUAUUGAGGAGAAGGCUCAAUUGCUAUUCCAUUCUCUACACGCCAGCAAUCAGCUGGAAUACAAACACAAGUUCUAUGAUUUGCCGUCAAGUCGGUCAUACAAGACCAUCGAUUGGAAGAUCGAACUUCCUGCAUGUCAAGGCAUCGAGACAAUCCAGUUGGGAUGCUCACAGCUUGGGGGUCAGUCGGCGACGCACUUUGCUGCCAGUGUCGGGGAAGCGAUGAGUCAAACUAAUGUCAAGAUAAUGGGGGUGGACAAGGGAACACGGAAUGUCGAUAAAGAUCCUUCGAACGUUGCGCCGUACGAGCCUCCUCUAUUAACUCAGGCGGAAAACCAGAGUGCAUCGCAAAUGGAGAGACCCACUCCUUCCACAAACAUGGCAGUUUCAGAUCAAAUGCAACAAGGUGGGUAUGCAGAACAUGCGAGUGAGGUGCAAAAAGAUUCCGAUGAGAUGAUGAAACAGUUGGAUGAGGCGGAGAAGUAUGGGAAAAGGAACUUGAGGGAUCAACCACAUCCCAGACGACGAGUAAUUGUAUAUCGUUAAGCGAUGAAGGGAUAGACGUAUAUGUAGAGAGGCAUGAUGACAAUGAGGAUGCAAGGGAUAAUGUCGAUGAACAGAAGGAAGUGGAUGACAGAGGUCCACCUGCGAGAUGGUCGAAAAGAUAAAUAAAGAAAAAACACUCGGUUAACGUGUAGGUAUAUGCAGAGGUUGAGUCCAGGUUGGCGUAACACUCUGUGUAUGUGUGUUAGUGCUUGUACGCAACUCGGAUAAAUAUUUUAGGCGAUA